CAGUACCUUGGGGGCCUUAGCUCAAAGAGGUUUACCAAACAAAUCCGCUACGCUUCGAUCCGAGCCGAUUCGAUCCGAUCAGAUACGAUCGGUGAUCAGCGAACCAUCAACAUUCGCAGGUGUCGAGUUGUGAAUGAGUGUGGCUCAUAAAGCGCAGCAGCAAAUUAAUAAGCCUACAAUUUAUUAAUAUAAUUUGCUCAACUUUGCAUGGAAUUCGCGAUUUCGCGAUUGGCUAAUUCUCGCAUUGUUGUUCGGAUGGGCAGUGUGCCAAUUGCCAAUUGCAAAUAAAUAAGUGAAAGAUUUACAAAUACCAAACUAUAAUAAUAAUAAAAAAGUAUUCGAAAGUGCCAGAUUCCCCAGCGAAAGGACAAUUCAACAAAAUGAUGUCAAAUCGUCGAGACAUGCUGCUCCUCAGCAUGCUGGGUCUUGUUUCGUGUGCCUUAGGGCUGAAAGUAUCGACUGGCUACCACAUUGUGCAUAAUGAGCAGCCGCAAUCCCACGCUCAACUGGGAUCAAGCUAUCAUGGCUUCAGGUAUCUGCAAGGCGCAGCAGCUCCAUAUUUAGUCGGAAACGCUUUGCCUUUGACGGUGGACACAUCGCCGGCGCCACAAAAUCCCUUCCUAUCGUCUAUAUCGAGUCCACGCGCUCCGAUGCCGGGACGAGUUCCCUGUGCAAGUCCUCCAGCUAUUUGCGAAAAGACAGCCUAUCGCAGCAUGGAUGGUUCCUGUAAUCAUCUUGAGCAACCUGGACUAGGAGUGCCCAAUACCAAAUAUGGACGUCUUUUAUCACCCAAGUAUGCUGAUGGCAUCUCAGCUCCUACUCGCUCUGUGACUGGUGAUGAGCUGCCCAGCGCUCGUCUGGUAUCCCUGGUGGUAUUCGGUGAACAGGAUGUGCCUGAUCCAGAGUAUACGCUGCACAACAUGCAGUGGGGACAGAUAAUGACGCACGAUAUGAGCAUGCAGGCGGGAGGCACUCAAUCGAAGAAACAUCCAACACGUUGUUGCACCGACGACGGACGUUUAAUUGGUUUAGAUACCGCCCAUCGAACCUGUUUCGCCAUCAUUGUGCCACCCCAUGAUCCAGCUUACUCUCAAGUCGGUACCGAGUGCCUUAACUUUGUGCGCACGCUGACGGAUCGCGACUCCAAUUGCCAGUAUACGGGUGGACCAGCAGAACAGCUGACUGUAGUCACAUCUUACUUGGAUCUUUCUCUAGUUUACGGCAACUCAAUGCAACAGAAUAGCGAAAUUCGUGAAUUCCAGGGAGGACGCAUGAUUGUUGAGGAGCGCAACGGUGCCAAGUGGUUGCCAUUGUCGCGCAACGUGACCGGCGAUUGUGAUGCUGUCGAUCCCAACGAGGUCUGCUACAGAGCCGGCGAUGUGCGUGUUAAUCAGAACCCUGGAUUGGCCAUCUUGCAGACGAUAUUGCUGCGCGAACACAAUCGCAUUGCCGAUGCUCUUUCCGCACUCAAUCCUCACUUUGAUGAUCGUACGCUCUUCCAGGAGGCACGCAAGAUUAACAUUGCACAGUAUCAGCACAUCAGCUACUACGAGUGGUUGCCAAUUUUCUUGGGUGGCGAGAAUAUGUUGAAGAAUCGUUUGAUCUACAAGACUCAUGGUGAUAGCUAUGUGAAUGAUUAUGAUCCUAAAAUCGAUCCAAGUGUACUGAACGAACACGCAACUGCUGCAUUCAGAUAUUUCCAUUCCCAAAUCGAGGGUAGACUAGAUUUGCUGUCCGAACUGCGCGCUGUGCUUGGCUCUCUGACCCUUAGCGACUGGUUCAAUCGUCCUGGCAUUAUUGAGGUCGGCGAUAACUUUGAUUCCCUUACCAGAGGUCACGCCACUCAACCGGAAGAGUUGACGGACAUUAACUUUGACAAGCAGAUCAAACAUUUCCUGUUUAGACGUAAUAUGCCAUUCGGUUCGGAUCUGCGCUCAUUGGAUAUUCAGCGUAAUCGUGAUCAUGGUCUUGCCACCUAUAAUGACAUGCGAGAAUUCUGCAGUCUCAGUCGCGCUCAUUCGUGGGAAGGCUAUGGCGAUUUAAUUAGUCCACAAACUCUUGCCAAGCUCAAGUCACUUUACGAUAGCCACGAGGAUGUGGAUCUAACUGUGGGUGCUUCAUUGGAGGAUCAUGUUGCUGGCGCCUUGGCUGGUCCCACAUUCCUGUGCAUUCUUACGGAACAGUUUUAUAGGACUCGUGUCGGUGAUCGUUUCUUCUUUGAGAAUGGCGAUAAGCUUACUGGUUUUACACCAGAUCAAUUGGCGGAGCUGCGUAAAGCAAGCAUGGCUCGUCUUCUUUGCGAUAAUGGCAACAAUAUUGCUUCCAUGCAACCUGCUGCUUUCAGAGUGGUCUCGGGAUCGAAUCCUGUUGUGCCAUGCUCCCACAUUCCGCAAGUUGACCUCACCAAGUGGAUUGAUCAAGUUCAUCAAGCUCCUGCUGAUCAUUCCAUUCUUUUUGGCAAGAAAUGAUCAAUUUUAAUAUAAGUGUACACAUGCGGAUUUGUCAUUAACUAGUUCAAAAUAUAAUAACAUUUAGUUUAAUCAGCUUAACAAAUGUCAAAUAGAAUUCCAUGUAUUAUACUGCCCAUUUUGAUGUACAUAAAAUCACAAUCAGUUUAUAAGAAA